UGGAUUCUCUCCGAUUCUUGCUGCCUAAAUACCCCCACGAUCGCAAAGUCACAUUUCUCCACCUUCUCUUCUUAGUCUUUCGCAUAUAUAUUCUUUAUCCCACUCCCCUUUCUUAGUUCUUGCUACUUUUCUUUCCUCCUACACCCCACCAUAUUCACCAAAUUCUUCAAUAUUAACAUAUUCGGCUCCAACUUCUAUACCAGUUUUUUUUUUUCAUUUCCCUUUCACUCUUUUUGCUUCAGAGAGAGGAACACAAACACAAACAUGGUGUUGGCUUCCCCAAACCCAAUAAGGAGCGAAGGGAUUCUACCCAGUAACGAGCUUAUUCCCGUUGUGGACCUCACAGCAGAAAGGUCAGAAGUGGCAAAGCUCAUAGUGAAAGCGUGCGAAGAGUACGGUUUCUUCAAGGUGAUAAACCACGGUAUAAGCCACGAAGUGAUAUCAAAAACCGAAGAAGCAGGGUUUAGUUUCUUCGAAAAACCGGUGGCAGAGAAGAGAGUGGCAGCACCUGCAUAUGGGUGCAAGAACAUAGGGUUGAAUGGGGACAUGGGUGAGGUGGAGUACCUUGUCCUCGGUGCCACCACUCACUCCAUUGCUCAGAUAUCCAAAACUGUAUCCACUGACCCAUUAAACUUCAGCUCUACAUUGAGUGCAUACACAGAAGCAGUGAGGGAGCUGGCAUGUGAGAUAUUGGAACUAAUAGCAGAGGGCUUGGGGGUCCCGGACACUAGGGCAUUCAGCAGGUUCAUAAGGGAUGUUGAUAGUGACUCAGUUCUCAGGCUCAAUCACUACCCACCUAUAAUUAACAAGGACAAGGACAUGUCACAAUAUAGCAAGGUUGGUUUUGGAGAGCAUUCUGACCCUCAGAUCAUAACCAUUCUCAGAUCCAACGACGUGGGUGGCCUCCAAAUUUCCCUUCAAGAUGGGGUGUGGAUCCCAGUUACCCCUGACCCCUCAGCAUUCUAUGUGAACGUGGGUGAUGUACUAGAGGUUAUGACAAAUGGAAGAUUUGUAAGCGUGAGACACAGGGCUAUGACGAACUCAUACAAGUGUAGAAUGUCAGUGGCAUAUUUUGGGGCUCCACCCCUCCAUGCUACCAUUGUUGCUCCCUCAGUUAUGGUCACACCCCAGAGGCCCUCUCUCUUUCGACCAUUCACUUGGGCCGACUACAAGAAAGCCACCUACUCUCUCAGGCUUGGAGACACACGCAUUCAGCUUUUCACAAAUAGACUAACCACUAAUCACCACCCAAAAGUCUAGUUUCUACUUUCUACCAAUACCAAUAUCUCCUCGUCUUUAUUGCUUUCAUGUCUUUGUUUUCGUGUCCUUCCAAGGUGGUGUGGUAUGCUUGCCUAAAUGUGACAACAAUUUUUCUGCACAGGCUCAUGGAACAAGUUAACUUGACAAGGCCAAGACAAGUUACUUACUGUAGACUGGGUUGUUUAAUCUUCAAUUACAAUCUCUCUCUCUCCAAGUUUUGUGAUUCUAUUUGCUAUUUUUAUUUUGUUACUUAAUUUCUGAUAUAGAGGAGUAUUAUCAACAUUUUUAUUAACAUAUUCUUUCUAUUUUACUUUUU